AUGGACCUGGAGCAACUGGAGAAGUCUGUGGAGGCGAAUCCAGACGAUCCUUCUCUGCAAUUCGAACUCGGUUUGUAUCUGUGGGAUAACGGUGGAGAUUCCGAGAAAGCGGCGGAGCAUUUUGUGCUAUCGGCGAAGUUAAACCCGAAUAAUGCGGCGGCGUUCAAGUAUUUGGGGCAUUACUACUUACGCGUGACGCUCGAUCUCAAUCGAGCUGCCAAGUGUUACCAGAGAGCAGUGCUGCUAAACCCUAACGAUUCUGAAUCCGGAGAAGCUCUCUGCGAUUUGUUUGACAGACAAGGGAAAGAGAUCCUGGAAAUUGCGGUUUGCCGUGACGCUUCUGAGAAAUCUCCCAAGGCUUUCUGGGCGUUUUGUAGAUUAGGCUACAUUCAGCUUCAUCAGAAGAAGUGGUCAGAAGCUGUUCAGAGCCUUCAACAUGCAAUUAGAGGUUAUCCUACAAUGUCUGACUUGUGGGAAGCUCUGGGCCUGGCUUAUCAGCGACUUGGAAUGUUCACUGCUGCUAUCAAGGCGUAUGGACGUGCCAUUGAGUUAGUUGAGACCAAGAUUUUCGCAUUAGUGGAGAGUGCAAACAUUUUUUUGAUGCUUGGUUCAUAUAGAAAGGGUGUGGAACUCUUUGAGCAAGCGCUGAAGAUUUCACCUCAGAAUGUUUCUGUGCUCUAUGGCCUUGCUUCUGGAUUGCUUAGUUGGUCAAAGGAAUGCAUUGAUUUGGGCGCAUUUGGAUGGGCAGCUUCUUUAUUAGAGGAUGCUCGUAAAGCUGCAAAAGCAAGCACUGAGCUGGCCAGCAACAUGUCUUGUAUAUGGAAAUUGCAUGGAGAUAUUCAGCUUACAUAUGCAAGAUGCUUUCCAUGGUCUGGUGGAGCUGAAAACUCAGAAAUCAAUUUAAAGACCUUUAAUGACUCGAUCCUUUCUUGGAGAAGUAUUUGUUACUCAGCUGCAUUGUCAGCCAAAGCUUCUUACCAGAGAGCUUUACAUCUAGCCCCUUGGCAAGCCAAUUUAUAUACUGACAUAGCCACAACCUGUGAUCUCGUUUCAAGUUUGAGCGAUGACUCUGAAACUGCAAGUUCUUGGAAGUUACCAGAAAAGAUGGCGCUGGGCGCGUUAUUGCUGGAAUGUGACAAUUCCGAGUUCUGGGUUGCUUUGGGUUGUAUGUCGGAUAACAGUGCUUUGAAACUACAUGCGUUGAUCCGGGCAUUGCAUUUGGAUGUAUCUUUAGCCGUUGCUUGGGGUUUUAUGGGCCAGAUCUUCAGGGAAUCGGAUGAAAUGAAAUUGGCAAAGCAGGCUUUUGAUUGUGCUAGAAGCAUAGAUCCUACACUUGCACUACCUUGGGCAGGCUCAGCUGAUACUUAUGCUAGGGAGUCGAUAUCAGAUGAGGCUUUUGAGAGUUGUUUACGAGCUGCACAGAUAUCACCUCUCGCGGAGUACCAGGUUGGUUUGGCAUGGCUUGCUUUGCUGCAGGGAGAUAUUUCAUCUCCGCAGAUUUUUGCUUGCAUUGAGCAGGCGGUGCAGCGGACCCCUGAUUACCCUGAAUCCCAUAACCUCCAUGGGCUAGUCUGCGAGGCAAGAUGUAAUUAUGACACGGCCAUUGCUUCUUACCGGCUAACACUAGCUGCAAUGAGUGUUUACCCCGAAAAUUCGGUGAAAUCUCAUGCUGGAAAAAUAUCUAUCAACUUGGUCAGGUCACUCAGCAAGGCAGGACGAUUCAAAGAAUCUGUCAUGGAAUGCGCAAAUUUGAAGUCAAAAGGUUUGCUUGAUGCCGGAGGUUUGCAAAUAUAUGCUUUCUCUCUGUGGAAGAUUGGUGAGAAUGAUUCGGCUCUCUCAGUGGUUCGAGAUCUGGCUGGUAGGAUUUCUACAAUGGAGAAAACCUCAAUAGCCUUCCCAAUCAGCUUCAUCUGUAGUCUGCUUUACCGUAUAUCUGGGCUAGAUUCUGCCAUCACCAGCAUCCAGAAAAUGCCAAAAGAUUUCUUCCAGAGUUCGAAAAUCAGCUUUAUAGUAUCUGCCAUCCAUUCUCUUGAUCAGAGUGAUAGACUUCAGUCCAUUGUUGCGAGCACUCGUAGCUAUAUAACAUCACAAGAAGACAUAGUCGCAAUGCACUAUUUGAUAGCACUCAGCAAACUGCUGAAAACUGGAGAAGGAGAUGUCCUUGGAUCUGAGAAGGGGAUUGCCCACCUCAGAAAAGCUCUUCACAUGUAUCCUCAUAGUAAUUUGUUAAGGAACUUGCUUGGAUAUAUUUUGUUAGCUGGUGAAGGAACGAAAGACGCCUAUACUGCUAGUAGAUGCUGUAUCAUAAAUGUCUCUCAGUGUGCAAAUAAGGAAGGUCUGAAGUCUGCACUAGAGGUCCUUGGUGGAGGAUCUGUUACUUGCAAUGUUAUUGGCAACACGGCUCCAAGGUUCUCAUUUCCGACUUGCCAUUGUCAGUGUCUGAAUGCUCCUGUUGUUGUUGUGGAGCUGCAAAGAUUCUUGCAUCAAGAACCUUGGAACAGCGGUGUAAGAUACUUGCUUAUCCUGAAUCUCAUGCAGAAGGCCCGUGAGCAGAGGUUUCCUCGCCAGCUUUGUAGUGCUAUUGAGCGUCUAAUCUCUGUGGCACUCGCUGAUGAGACAUGUUCGAAGGAAGGCGAAUACCAAAAGUUCCAGCUUUUGCUUUGUGCUUCUGAGAUCAGUUUGCAGAAGGGAAAUAUAGCAGACUCCAUUGAGCACGCUCAAAAGGCUUCUUCUCUUUCGCUUCCACAUAGCUACCUCUUUCUAGCACAUUUGCAGCUUUCCCGUGCCUACGCAGCGAAAGGGAGCACCAGAAACAUGCAAGAAGAAUACAGAGCGUGUUUGGAGCUCAAGACUGACUCAAAUAUUGGUUGGAUUUGCCUGAAGCUCUUAGAAUCUCAGUUUGAUCUGGAAGCUGAUGCUAACCUCUUAGAGAUGAGCCUACAAGAAUGCUCGAGCCAGAAGAAGAAUUCAUGGAAAGAGUGGAUGGCUGUACACAGUUCAGCUCUUGGUUUAGUUUCUAUCGGGAAAGAAGACUAUCUCUCAGCAGAGGAGUUCCUUGCACAAGCUAGUUCGUUGGGUAAUUCAGAGAGCUCUCUACUUCUCUGCCAUGGUGCUGUCUGUAUGGAGCUAGCUAGGCAGUAUAACGACUCGCAGUUCCUCUCUCGAGCCGUACAGAGUCUUGGCAAAGUUCAAGCGAAUUCCUUGUUUCCUCUGCCUAUAGUGUAUGCGUUAUUAGCUCAAGCACAUGGCAGUCUUGGCUCUAAAGAGAAAUGGGAGAAGAAUCUUCGUCUUGACUGGUUCUGCUGGCCACCAGAGAUGAGACCUGCAGAGGUUUACUUCCAGAUGCAUGUACUUGCAAGACAAUCAGAAGACAGACCUGAAACCUCUUCAGGGAUUGAAACCUGUCAAUCCCCUGAGAAAUGGGUGCUUAGAGCUAUUCACACUAACCCUUCUUGUUUAAGGUAUUGGAACGUCUUGCCUAAGCUUGUUCAACAUCCCAUAACCAUUAGCUGA